CUGCGGCGUUGCAGCUUGCGCAGAACGCUUUGAAGGCAGCCUGCGCUAUAUAGUCUCGCUCUUCCCUCGGUCUGUAUUGGCAGCGCGUUGUUCUGAGACUUUUUAAACCUCCGCAGCCCCAUUGCGGCGCUCCACAAUCCUCGAUUUCAGUCAUGGCGCCUCAAAAGAAGUUACUUCUGCUCGACUCAGUCAUCAUUUCCUUCUUAGUAAAUCGUUAUGCCUCUACGUACAGUCUAUGGGGUUCCUUUAUCUGGACUGCGUCUGCUCUGUACACCUUUCAGCUUCUUGUGCUUGCGACUUACGAGAUCGUUUUAUACCCCCACUUCUUGAGCCCUCUACGACACAUUCCGACACCACCAGGUGCCAAUAUCUUACUCGGCCACUUUCCCAGAAUGUUCAAGGAGCCGACAGGAUUCCCACAGCGCGAAUGGAUCGAAACCGUGCCAAAUGAAGGCCUAAUCAGAUACACUACCUUGUGGAACGAGGAGCGCCUCUUGAUUACCAGCCCGAAAGCCAUGGCUGAAGUGCUGGUCCACAGGAACUACGACUUUAUCAAGCCCUUGCGUUUCCGCGAAGGAUUGGGACGUGUUCUGGGCAUCGGAGUUCUACUAGCUGAAGGCGAAGAGCACAAGCGACAACGCAAGCUCUUGAUGCCCGCGUUUGCUUUCCGCCACAUCAAAGACCUCUACUCGGUGUUCUGGGAGAAAUCACGCGAAAUGGUUGUAGGAAUUGAUGCCUCCAUCAAGAGUACUAAUGCUUCAAGCGAGAAGCCUUCUAACGUGGUGGAAUUCGGCAACUGGGCAAGUCGCGCAACCCUCGAUAUCAUUGGGCUUGCCGGCCUAGGACGAGACUUCCACGCGCUUGAUGACCCAGACAACGAACUGAAUCAAACCUACCGUACAAUCUUUACGUCAAAUCGCCUGGCGCGGUUCAUGCAGAUAUUGGGAAACUUUAUCCCAAUCUGGUUCCUGCGGCUACUACCGAUGAAGCGAAACGAGGAGCUUUCAAACGCCGUCAAGCUCAUCAAAAGCACCUGCUGGGACCUCGUUCGUACCAAGCGGCAGAGUGUAGAGAAGGGCGAGCGCACGGAUUAUGACAUCCUGUCCGUCGCGCUUGAAUCCGGAGGGUUCAGUGACGAAGAUCUGGUCAACCAGCUCAUGACUUUCCUUGCGGCCGGACACGAAACCACUGCAUCGGCGUUGAUGUGGGCGAUCUAUCUGCUUUGCACCAAUCCCGACGUUCAGCAGAAGCUGCGGGAUGAAAUUAGGGGAGCCCUUCCCUCCGUCAUGGACAAGAACGCAAAGGUGUCGUCGACUGACAUCGACCACCUUGCGUACCUGAACGCGGUGAUUAACGAGACAAUGCGCGUGUAUCCUCCUGUUCCUCUGACCCUCCGAGAGACGGCUCAAGACACCACCAUCCUCGGGCAAUUCGUACCAAAGGACACAAUCAUCAUCAUUUGCCCCUGGGCCGUCAAUGCCAGCGAAAAGCUAUGGGGCGCAGAUGCCAAAGAAUUCAAGCCCGAGCGUUGGAUGGGUCCCGGCAAGGCCAACAGCGGCGGUGCAAGCUCGAACUUCGACUACCUGACCUUCCUCCACGGGCCAAGGAGCUGCAUCGGCAAGGACUUUUCCAAGGCCGAGUUCGCGUGCUUGUUAGCAGCGGUGGUGGGCCACUUCGAGAUGGAGCUUGAUGACCCGGCACUGAAGGUGGACAUUCAGAAUGGUGUGACCGCCAAGCCGAAGGGUGGGCUUUUGGUGAAGUUCAAGGCCUUGGAGGGUUGGUAAGCUUCUAGGACAGGAUUUUCAUGGCAUUGGCGGACUGGUUCAGCAAUAUGUCUUCUUAGUAAUGUUCACAAGAUAUGAUGAUCCCAACUAGUGAUACAUGUACACUGCAUCGUCAUACAUGCGGGGUUCCACUUAUUUUUCACUGGAAAUCCAUACAGUCGAACAAUGCUACGAAUCUGCAUGGAUUCAAAUUAAUCGUUUUCCAC